GAUGCGUGUCAUCAAGCUUCCAUGGCUCAACCACACAGUUGAAAACAGAAAGUUCGAGGUGUACUCGCUUUCAAUCAGCUCCGAUGGAACGCGUCUCGCGUCUGGCGGGCUUGAUGGCAAGGUGCGGAUCUGGUCAAUUGAUACGAUUCUUAAAUUUAAUGCCCCUGAAAAGUCAAAAUAUUUCCAGAGCGACCAGCAAAACUCCAUUGACGAGACGCUCCACAGACCAUUAUGUUCGAUGGCACGACACAACGGAGCGGUGACAGUUGUUCGGUUCGACCCACUGGGCCGUUUUCUCGCGAGCGGGUCAGAUGACAAAAUCUUGCUUAUCUGGGAGAAAGACGAGGAGGCUAUCACUAAAACUUUUGGGCAGAAGGACACCGAUGUGGACUUGGAACACUGGACGGUGCGGAAGCGGGUCGUGGCGCAUGACAACGAUAUCCAGGACAUGGCGUGGGCGCCUGACUCGUCCAUUUUGGUAACGGUAGGCCUCGACCGCUCUAUAGUGGUGUGGAACGGCAACACGUUUGAGAAGAUCAAGCGUUUCGACAUCCACCAGUCGUUGGUCAAGGGGAUCGUGUUUGACCCCGCGGGAAAGUACUUUGCUACAGCCUCGGACGACCGCACGGUGCGGAUCUUCCGCUACCACAAGACAUCACCCACUGAGAUGACCUUCAGCGUAGAGUACGUUUGUGUGGACCCAUUCCGCAAGUCGCCGCUCACCAGCUACUUCCGGCGGUGCUCGUGGUCGCCUGACGGGCAGUAUAUCGCAGCGCCGAACGCGACAAACGGCCCGGUCGCCUCGGUCGCGGUCAUCAGCCGCGGCAGCUGGGAGUCGAAUGUGAGCUUAAUUGGCCACGACACGCCCUGCGAGGUGGUGAGUUUCUCGCCGCGCUUGUUUGAGCUCCAAGACGGAAAGGAGUCCCAGUUGUCGAGCAUCUUGGCAACUGGCGGCCAGGAUAAGGCACUCGCUAUCUGGAACACUGCGCGUAGCCGGCCGUUGGUAGUGUUGAACGAGAUCUGUAACAAAACCAUUACCGACUUGGCGUGGACCCCGGACGGGGAGAAGAUUUUUGUAAGCUCCUUGGACGGGACUAUCACGUUAGUUGCGUUUGAGCUGAAGGAACUCGGCACUCCGGUUUCCCUUGACGUGAACGACUUGCAGCUCCAUCGAUAUGGAGCUGAUAGAGAUAGCAUGGCUGUUCCAGAAAACACACAGCAGUUGCUCCUCGAAGAGAUUGCUGAGACAGAGAGCAAGCGAAAGAACAAUUACAUGUUAAUGACGAAAAUGGACGCCCCAAAAACAGAAAAUGUGUUUGAUCUCCCCAGUUCGCCCAAAAUCAAGGACCAGCCGCCGCUCACGGGCUCGCCCAGCCUGAAGGGCGUGCUCUCAAAACUCAAGCAGCGGGUUGUGAUCACAAAGGAUGGGCGGAAACGUGUGUCCCCAAUGUUGAUCUCCACCGCGCGUCCGAUCCCUAAGAGCACCCAGGUCUCGCUGGCCAAGUCGGACCGCAUAGCCAAGGAAAUCACCAAGAACUUGCUCUCUCGAUCCGCCUACACCUUGCCCCGUUUCGGGAUCCCUACGUGUGUCGCAGGUCUCCGGGACGCAAACUCGUUGAGUCUCAAAGAGGAGACAGAAGGAUUGCAGGCGGAUAUGAUUGACGAAACGGGUGCACCCCCGGCUAAGAGCUAUCGGGAUAGACCCCGCGUGCCUGAGUACUUAGCAGAUGUGGCGCUCCUCCUGCAAACAGUCCUGGAUGUGAAACUGCGGCCAAAAGUCAUGGUGGUGGUUGCACAGGGGGGAGGCUCGGUACUUGAGGUGAGAAACGGCACCGCCAUUGCGUUGAAUGGCCCCGAAGACGCGGAGCUGGAGACUGAGGAAGAUGAUGACGAGCCGACCGAGGUAAUUUCCAACGACUCAGCCGGAAACCGCAAGUUUCAGGCCUUUUUCCCGAGCGUGGUGGUCCACGCAGUGGGGUUUCAAGGAAAAUUCUGGGCCUUGGCACUUGCGAAUGGCCAUUUGGCUCUUCUCUCGCCCGAGGGCGCUAUGCUCUGUCCCUCUAUCUACCUCGGCGUGGCCCCUAUCGCGGUGCUCAAGUGCACAGAGCAUUUCAUAUUGGCGGUUGCAAACGACGCGCGUGUCUAUGUUUGGGACCUUGCCAGCUUCAAGGUUGUAUAUCACAACGUCUCUCUUGCCCCGGUGCUCAACGCGCAAGCCGUCUACCAAGAUGCUAAAAAGGUGCAAGUGGUUGCGCCGUUCGAGCCGAUCAAGGCAGUGGAGUUGACCCAAGAGGGGGUCCCAAUCGUUGUCACACAUAAUCAGGAGGUGUUUGCGUGGUCUGGGGAAAUGAAAACGUGGACCAAGAUUGCUGACCCCUGGUUCUACCGUAUUGCCGAUCUAUCUGGUGACUGCGUGGGUAAGGAUAUAGGCAGUGGGAUGGUAAGGGUAAUAAACGACCGCUGUCGCAGGGGUGUGGAAGUCACGUAUAGGGAAGAUGAUCCCGAGUUUCUCGCCGCUACCCGAGCCGCAUUCCGGGAGACCGUCAACUGUGCAGCCAGAAUUCUUGGUUCUGAAAUAGGGGGUGAUCUGCGUAUCAUAGAUGAGCUUCGGGGUGCGAAUACGUCUACGUGCUAACGCAAAGUCGCAGAAGAUAGCGUCUUCUUUUGUUAUAUAAGAGGCAAAAGUCCUUGGAGCCGAUGGGCUAAAUCAUUCUCACAAGAUAUAGUCUAUGUGUUAAGAAGGCCAUGGGCCAAUGAUGUGUACCUAGAACUUAACCUUUUUUUUUUGUGUGUACCUUAAACCGCCCCCAUAGAUACAUCCACUUUUAAAGGACUGGUCUGCACCACUAAAAUUAUACAAUAUGUGGCUUCCUUCGAAAUAAAAUAGAAAAU